CCGUCCCCAUUCAUGGCCGACGCCCUCAAGCCCCUCCUCCGCCGCCCCCUCCGCGUCACCAUCGCCGACGGCCGCAUCUUCCUCGGCACCUUCGUCGGCACAGACAAGGCCCUCAACCUCCUCCUCGUCAACACCGACGAGUUCCGCCUCGGCCCCGCAGAGAACCCGCACGGGCGCUACGUCGGCCAGGUCAUGAUCCCCUGGCCCAGGAUCGUCCGCGUCGAGGCGCAG